AUGUUGGGAUGCUUCGCGGAUGGGCACCACCUGGGUUGCAGGUACUGCGGCCACGGGAUCUACGAAAAUGUGACCUGUCCGACCUCCGUCUGCAACUUCGUCAACGAGCCCGUGACCCCCUACUACUGGGACACCUUGUGCCAGAUGGGUAUGCUCGGCUGCAACGCGGAUGGCAUCCACGUCCAGUGCCGCUUCUGCGACUUCCAGCCCUUCAACUCCAUCCAGUGUCCGGAGACCGCGAGGCCGACCUACGAAGACGGCGAGUGCUGGUUCCCCAGUGGUACAGCCCAGACCCACCGAUGGAAUCCAAAGUGCAAGUGGGGCAUUCUCGGUUGCUGGGCUGAUGGGGUCCACCGGCAGUGCCAGUAUUGUGGUUCUGGAUCCGAUGGAAUCUAUGAGAGCAUCAGUUGCGGGAAGGAUUGGGCCGAUGACGAGGAGGGCUCUGUAGUGUUCCCCUGA